AUGGUCGACGACGACGCUUUCCUUGGAGCUUUGUUCGCGUCUCUCACGAUUUUGCACGCUUCGGGGGAAGAGAUGUCUGCAUUGGAAACACUUUCGGUGACCAAUCGACGCUUUUUUAUGACGAGGAAAGCGCCAUCGAACGAGACCUCAAAAGCCGCAAAAGAAGAAGAAGACAAAGAAGAAGACAAACGACAACAACCGAAACCGUUCGAUAAAGUUUCCGAUGCCGCGAUUCGGAUGUUUUAUGCGUUGAAGGAGAUGCAAGAAGAAGAUGAUGAAGAGAAAAAAAGUUGUCUCGUCAAAUUAACAUCGAACAUGGGCACCGAGCGAACGUUCGCGACGCCGAGUUGUUUUGCUCAAUGUUUACUGGAAUUCAUGAAUAAUGAAACGCAGAAAGGACUGUACGUGCACGCUAAAGUGAACGAGUCUACCGGCUCGAUUUGGUUUUGUUCGGUGGAGUAUUACGAAACGUGUAAACAUGACGGGUGGUGGCGGUGUCACGAGUGCGGCGCGUUUGCGAGCGACGAGAGAGCUUUGUGGUGGCAUCAGAAAACGAAACACGAUUUGACGCACAGUGACGCGAUGAAGGAAGUAGAGGCGGAGAGGAACGCGUUGAGCGUGAUUUUGAACGGUAGUUUAGUUAGGAUAGCACCGGGUGUUGGUGGUGAUUGUAGCAGUAGCGGCGGUAAACUUCAACAAAAGAAGAGGAAAGAUCCCGACGAUUUGCAGAAAGCGAUACGAGCGGCGAAGGGUGGAGAUUUAGGUGAAGAGUUUGAGAAAUGUAUCAUAGAGAAAAAGAUUGUGCGAUUACCGUUUCAGUCGCUGGAGUAUUCAAGAAGAGGUGAUAUAGACGCGCUGCGAAAGUGUACGGAGGAUGUGAAGAACUGCUUGGACUCAAACGGCGCCUCGUGUUUGCACUGGGCGUGCGGUUCGGAUAGUUUGCAGGUUGUUCAAUAUCUCAUCGAAGAGCUCAAUUUCGACCCGAAUCAGCCGCAAAAAGGCAAGCGGAGUUACGAAGGACGAACGCCUUUGCAUUGGGCCGCGAGGAAUGGUAACAUACGCGUGUGCAAAUAUCUGCUCGAAACGUGUAAAGUUGACGUAAAUUGCAAAACAAACGACGGAACGUCGGCGUUUGCGUGGGCAACUUGGAAAGGUGAGAUAGAUGUCAUGAAACUACUGAUUAGGUUUGGUGCAAACGCGAGAGAAUCGGCGAAUCAGUUUGGGUGUAACGCGGCCAUGUGGGCGUGUCAAAGCGACGGUGAUAACGUGGACGUGUGUGAAUAUUUACGUUCGUUGAAUGUGACUUUUCGAUUGGUUAACGCCAAUGGGCAUUCGGCGUUGCACAAAGCGGCGCAGCGAGGGAACGAGAGAGUUGUAGAUUGGAUUAUUGAGAACUCAAGAAGGCUUGGACUUUCCUAUUCCUUACAUUGCAGAAAGGAUCUAGAAGGCUUUCGACCGUCGGAUUUAGCAAAGAUGGAAGACAAAGAGUUUUUGUGCACGAAAAUUGAACGAUUUCAACGGCGGUUGCAAUUCGAGGAAGAAGAAGAAGAAGAAGAAGAAGAAGAGCGCGUAGAACACGAAAAAAGAAACGAAAAAGAUGAUGAUGCUAUUAAACGCCAUCGAGUUCGAUAUCCUCCUACAUCCUUCUACGCCGCGGUAUCGACCGGGCGCUUGGAUUUAUUUCGCAAUAUUAUUGACGUAGACCCGUACUACGCAUCGCAAGACAACGGGGCAGGCUCGCCGCUGCACUUUGCCGCUUCUUACGGAGAGCCAGACAUGAUUUCAGAAUUACUCGAAUACGGUGGUUUGGUCAAUCAAAGAGAUCUAUUCGGAAUGACACCGUUGCAUCGAGCGGCGACGUUGAUGCAAAAAUACGUCGUCGGUGCCGCGAUACAGGAGGAAUACGAUGAUUUGGUGAAAAAAUUAGCCGAGAUUAAAGAGUUUCGACGGAGUGCUGAUGAGGAGAGGAACGAGAAUAAGAGCGAACUGAAACGACUAAACAAAGCGGCGUGGAAACGUGACUCGCAGCGCGCAAAGGAUAUCGAAACGAUGUUCGAGAAACCAUCGCAGCUUUUGGGCACCAAAAACGCUUUGCAAACGUAUCGCACUUUGCUCGCGCUCGGCGCCGACCCAAGCUCGAGAGAUGAUAUUUUGAAACUGACGCCUCGCGAGUUGGCAAAAAGAGACAUCAAUACGAAUUUUGCGAGUGAGAUUACGGAUGCGGAAGUCAACCGUCGAAUUGAAGCGCUCAUUAAUCAGUUGGAACACGAAACGAAGGAAGCGCCGACGAGCAGUAAAACUGGUGGCUAUGGCAACACUAACAGGGGGGCGUUCAAAAAUUGGCACGCGCUGAGAAAACGCACGAAAAGAGUAGCAGCACAAAACGCAGAAGAUAUUCGUGAUAGUUUUUGGCACGCGUAUUACGCCGAACGCAAUCGCGCGAUUGAAGUGAGGUGCUUGAAUGACCAUAAAUCGUUCUCCGUUGGGAAAGAGAUCCCCGUCGCUCGCUACGAUGUGGAGGAAGAGGAUCGUGUGAUCGAAGAAUCGGAGGCGGUAUCAGCGCUUCGAAGUUUUGAUGAUACCGAGGCAGUGCGAAAAGAAGCAAUAGAUGGCGUCCCGGGCGCGUUUCUUCUACGAAACGUCUUCACAAAAUCGAAUGCACAGAUUCUCGCGAAAUAUGUUAAUCAAAUCCAACCGAACAAGUACAAUCAAACAAACGCGAGGAGAGAAUCCAUGGCGGAGAAAAUCAUGCGCACCAACUUGGAAAUAUUGAACAGCGCCGAUGAAUAUUUCACGGCGAACGAAGAAUCCGUAAAAUCUGUUUUGAAAGGUUUCAAAAUUCUCGCCGUGGACCCGAUAAUAGCGCUUUCCUCGACGGAUACGUUUUAUGGCGAAUCUCGACUUCCCGUGGAGCCGGUUUCGUGGUUGCCGAUGAACAACGAAAACAACAAAAACACUGCCGUUCUCGAAGCUAUGGCUAAAAGGAUACGCGAAUAUUUACCGCUUCGAUCAGGUAUGGAUGGGAAAAGCGGCAGAUACCUCGUCGACGACGAUAAUCUCCUCCUCGACGAACGCUUGCGAUGCUACCGAUACAGCGAAAAGACGUGUUCCAUCCCGCACUACGACAAGUCCACCACCGCGAAAGAAAAAGAGAUGUGCAGCGCGUACUCGCUCAUAGUCUACUUAAACGGUACCGCGCACCUCGGCGGCGAAACCGGAUUCUUCCUCGACUCUCAACCGAACUCUCGCAAAUCCAACUCUGGUCUCACCAAAAACUGCGGCGACGGCAACUUCCCUCUCGUCGAAUACGUCGCGAGCGUAAAAGGCGAAACCGGCGAUAUCCUACUCUUCCCGCACGGGAACAAAGAAGUCGACAAGGAUUACGAGCACUUGCUCCACGACGGUCGCGAAGUCUUGGCGGGAGAGAGUAAGUUUCUCAUUCGAACGGACGUUAUGUAUUACCGCUGA